CCCUUCCUCUCUCUUCCCAAACGGAAUUUCCUCCUCCGUCUCUCCGUUCAUCAAUUCUUCUCCUUCCAUCUUGUCCUCUUCUUCUUCAUUUCUCUUGUCUUAAACUAGUAAACACACACCGACUCCCCACCAUCUCCACUUCUCAUCAGCCUCAGCUCGCAGAAGCAAUAGCUAUGAUGGAGUCCGUGGAGUCAUCUUGUGUCCCACCAGGUUUUCGGUUCCAUCCAACUGAUGAAGAGUUGGUGGGUUAUUAUCUGAGGAAGAAGGUUGCAUCACAAAGGAUUGAUCUUGAUGUAAUCAGAGACAUUGAUCUCUACAGGAUUGAACCAUGGGAUCUUCAAGAGAGGUGUCGAAUUGGGUAUGAAGAACAAAAUGAAUGGUAUUUCUUCAGUCAUAAGGAUAAGAAGUAUCCGACCGGUACUAGGACUAACAGAGCAACCAUGGCUGGCUUUUGGAAGGCUACCGGACGAGACAAGGCCGUGUAUGAUAAAUCAAAGCUCAUUGGCAUGAGGAAAACCCUCGUCUUCUACAAGGGAAGAGCUCCAAAUGGUCAGAAAUCCGACUGGAUCAUGCAUGAGUACAGGCUUGAAUCUGAUGAGAACGGCCCACCUCAGGAAGAAGGAUGGGUUGUGUGUCGCGCAUUUAAAAAGCGAACAAAUGGCCAAACCAAGAGCAUGGAAGGAUGGGACACAAGCUACUUUUAUGAUGAAAGCACGGUGGUUGAUCAGAUGGACUACAUCUCCAAGCAGUCUCAGAACAUAUUAGCUCAGAAUUUCUUGUGCAAACGAGAAACAGAAGGGGUGGAGAACUUAAACUUCACCCAUUCCGAUCAAUUUGUACAACUUCCACAGCUAGAGAGCCCAUCUGUUCCAUUAAUGAAGAGGCCAAGUUCGAUGUGUAUGUUAUCAGAGAAUAAUAGUCUCAUCAAUAAUGAAGAAGAAAACGAGCAGAAUAGAGUGUGCAUCAGCAACAACAACAAUAGGAACAAGAAACAAAAAGUGACUGACUGGAGAGAUCUAGAUAAGUUUGUGGCGUCUCAAUUGAUGAGCCAAGAAGAUAGAUUGGAGGGUGUUGGUGAAGGGGCUUCAAGCUUUGGAGGAAAUGAUAUGGCAGCGAUGCUUCUAUUGCAGAGUGGUAGUGAGGAGGGGAACAAGUUGGAUGAAUUCUUGGGUCCAAGUUCGGACUGUGAUAUUGGAAUAUAUAUGCAUAUUUAAAUAAAGGGUAGGAAAUGGAACAAAGUUUUCUUCUUGCUAGCUAGUAUAAUUAUAAAUGUUUGACGCAAAUCUUGAGUCCUAUUAAUUUUUGUAAAAAUAUGUUUGUGAAUGAGUGAAGAAGUUUCUAAUUUUUCUUCUCUUUCACAGAAUGCUAAAACAUUUCAAUUUGUUCUAGUAAUAAUUGCAAGGGACUUUA